AUGGCUUCACCACCUCUCUCGCGGCUGCUCCGCUUGGCCGCCCUCUGCCAUCUGACUGCGCUUCUAGCCGGACAGCACCUCGGUGUGAAGAAAUGCAACGUCACCUGCAGCAAGAUGACCUCGGAGAUCCCUGUGGCUUUACUAGUCCACUACCAACGAAAUCAAGAAUCCUGCGGCAAGCAUGCCAUCAUCUCCACCCAGACCCUCCCUACCCAGGCCCCCUCUACCCAGGUCCCCACCAUUUUACACACAGCGUCAGAGGACCAACCUGUGUGGAUCUCUGGCCCCAUGCCAGAGAACUCUCUAGGGCCCGUGGAGAUGGGUCCCAUUUCAGCUCACACGGAUGCUCUCAGAGGGUCUGACAGCAUGCCCCGUCUCUCCAUGGUCCCUGUCUCCUCAGAAAGUGUUCCCAGCAGGGAGCCAGUGGCCUCAGGCAGCUGGACCCCUAAGGCUGAGGAUCCCAUCCAUGCCACUGUGGACCCCCAGCGGCUGGAAGUCCUCAUCACUCCUGUCCCUGACUCCCAGGCGGCCACCCGGAGGCAGGCAGUAGGGCUGUUGGCCUUCCUCGGCCUCCUCUUCUGCCUGGGGGUGGCCAUGUUUGCCUACCAAAGCCUCCAGGGCUGCCCCCGCAAGAUGGCAGGGGACAUGGUGGACGGGCUUCGCUAUGUCCCCCGGAGCUGCGGCAGUAACUCGUACGUCCUGGUGCCCGUGUGA